AUGUCUCAUUGUGGCAUUUGCACGCUCGGAAUGCGCUUGCGUUUUACGCACGCGCAGUUGCUCAGCUUCAAGCCCUCUCCAGUCUACUGCGAAAUGGCGGCUGCUGAAGCAUUGCGGCGACUGCGGUAUCUGCGGCUGCUCCGCCCUGGACCAGCUGCUUGCCAGGCACUGUCCCGUAAUUUUCACUUCACGGUCUAUGGAAAGAAAAAUGUCUCUGCCAAAGUAUCAGAUUCAAUUUCAACACAAUAUCCUGUAGUGGACCAUGAAUUUGAUGCAGUCGUUGUAGGUGCAGGUGGCGCAGGUUUGCGAGCGGCAUUUGGCUUGUCUGAGGCUGGGUUUAAUACAGCAUGUAUUUCAAAACUGUUCCCCACGCGAUCCCAUACUGUUGCUGCUCAGGGGGGGAUCAAUGCUGCUUUGGGGAAUAUGGAAGAGGAUAACUGGAGAUGGCAUUUCUAUGAUACUGUGAAAGGCUCUGACUGGCUGGGAGACCAGGAUGCAAUUCAUUACAUGACAGAGCAAGCACCUGCUUCAGUUAUUGAGCUGGAAAAUUAUGGAAUGCCAUUUAGCAGGACAGAAGAUGGGAAGAUCUACCAGCGUGCUUUUGGGGGACAGAGCCUUAAGUUUGGGAAAGGGGGACAGGCUCAUCGAUGCUGCUGUGUGGCUGACAGGACAGGCCACUCUCUGCUGCACACGCUCUACGGCAGGUCUCUCAGAUACGACACCAGUUAUUUUGUGGAAUAUUUUGCCCUUGACCUCCUGAUGGAAAAUGGAGUAUGUUGUGGUGUUAUUGCACUAUGUAUAGAAGAUGGCACUGUACAUCGUUUAAGAGCAAAGAAUACAGUUAUUGCUACUGGAGGGUAUGGCCGCACAUACUUCAGCUGUACAUCUGCUCACACAUGCACUGGUGAUGGCACAGCAAUGAUCACGCGGGCAGGUCUACCUUGUCAGGAUUUGGAAUUUGUGCAGUUCCAUCCCACAGGGAUCUAUGGAGCUGGCUGCCUUAUUACAGAAGGUUGUCGUGGUGAAGGAGGCAUUCUAAUUAACAGUGAAGGGGAAAGGUUUAUGGAGAGAUAUGCACCAGUUGCCAAAGAUCUAGCUUCAAGAGAUGUUGUGUCUCGUUCUAUGACUAUUGAGAUCCGUGAAGGAAGAGGAUGUGGACCUGACAAAGACCAUGUGUACUUGCAGUUGCACCAUUUGCCACCUCAGCAGCUAGCAAUGCGUCUUCCUGGGAUUUCAGAAACUGCAAUGAUAUUUGCUGGAGUUGAUGUUACCAAAGAACCUAUUCCUGUUUUGCCCACUGUGCAUUACAAUAUGGGAGGUAUUCCUACAAACUACAAAGGACAGGUGAUUACACAUGUAAAUGGCAAAGAUCAAAUUGUUCCUGGUUUAUAUGCCUGUGGGGAAGCAGCCUCUGCCUCUGUUCAUGGUGCUAACCGUCUUGGAGCAAAUUCUCUCUUGGACUUGGUAGUCUUCGGCCGAGCAUGUGCUCUUAGCAUUGCAGAAUCCUGUAAACCUGGUGAACCAAUUCCACCAAUCAAACCAAAUGCUGGUGAAGAAUCUGUAGCAAAUCUUGACAAACUGCGCUUUGCUAAUGGAAACAUAAGAACAUCAGAACUGAGGCUUAAUAUGCAAAAGACAAUGCAAAGCCAUGCUGCAGUGUUCCGUACAGGUCCUGUCCUGCAGGAAGGCUGUGAGAAAAUGCUUAGCCUUUAUGGCAGUUUGGAUGAUCUGAAGACAUUUGACAGAGGUAUUGUAUGGAAUACUGACCUGGUGGAGACUUUGGAACUACAAAACCUAAUGCUCUGUGCCUUACAAACUAUUUUUGGCGCAGAAGCUCGGAAAGAGUCACGUGGUGCUCAUGCUAGGGAGGAUUAUAAGACCAGAAUAGAUGAAUAUGACUAUUCUAAACCACUCGAAGGACAACAGAUGAAGCCAUUUGAACAGCACUGGAGAAAACAUACCCUCUCUUAUGUUGAUAUCAAGACUGGGAAGGUUACUCUGGAUUAUAGACCUGUAAUUGACAAAACCCUGAAUGAAGAAGACUGUGCCACAGUUCCACCUGCUAUUCGCUCUUAUUAGUUAUUUUAAUGCAUUUUACUAUGUUGGCAGGAAGUGUCUUGGUAUUCAUGUGAACACACUCUCAGUACAAAUCUGUUAUAAUGCACUGACUUUUCCAUUGUAGAGGAGUUCAAGAAUCUUUUUUUGGCCCUUCAUUUCACAUUGUGAUAAACUUGGCAAUGUAGAACUCAUGUCUAAAAGUAAUCUCAGAAUGCAAACCAGCUUUUAACUUUCUCUAGCUUUCUGAAGUUCUGAACAUGUUUUGAAUGCACCUUUAUUUUGACUCUGCAGUUUGUUUUCUUGGAAUGAAAUAUUAAGAAGGUAAAUGCAGUGUUAUUAUAGUUAGUUAAGAAAAACAGCAGCAGGGAUGGGCCCUUUGCGGCCCUCUAGGGGCUUUGGCCAACAGCUCCUAUCAUCCCUAACUAUUUUAUACUAGGAAUAUGUGCUGGCUAGGAUGGAUAGGGGUCAUAGGUUGUUUAUCCCUGAUUUUGGGCAUAUUCCAGUGGAGUUAAAUGCUUAUAUGUCCACUGAAAUUAAAGGGUUUCUGUGCACUUAAUUAUUGUAUUAAGGCUUUUGUAUGAUGGUAACUUGGCCAUCCACAUUUCAUGCUGCUUUUUAAAAAAAUCAUAGCUGCUGCAACUAAUUUAUGAGGUGUAAAAUUUUAAAAAGUACCAUCAGAGAUGCAUUAAUGCUCAGUAUGAGCUUUGUAUUUUCUAGCAGAUUAAAGACUUUUUAAAAUAUCUCUCUCCUUCCUUCCUUCCUUCCUUCCUUCCUUCCUUCCUUCCUUCCUUCCUUCCAUGAUUACUUUAAGAAGGUACUGAAUAGCACACUGUUAGAACAAUUGAGGGUUUUAUACCAGGAACACAACUGUAAAGUCAUGUUAACAUUGUCAUUCAUUAUGAGAAGGAAGCUGUUUUGAACAUAUCCUUCAAAAGGGCCAGAUCUUAGAGAUGUUUAUUCUUGAUCAGUUGCAUCAGUGCUGUAGUAUCAAUAAUGACUGAAGUUCGGUUUAUGUUGCAAGGUCUCUGAUAAAUACUUUGAUUUCUUGAACAUAUGUACUGAUAUCUUGUCUCAGUUUAGUCUGCAUUUGUAAAAAAGUAAAUCAGAAUCUUAAACAGAAAAAGAACCUAAAUGUAAUUUGUCAUCACUGAAACACUGUGUAUACAAUGUGUGUAUACUUUCUCAGGCUGUAUAGCGAAAACCUAGAGUAUAUUAGGAUUUUGAUAUAUGCAGAAUAAAUCUUACUCCAUAAAUA